AUGUCGCCGUCUGCCAAUGCGUUGAUCCUAUUUGCCGCACAGACGCUACGAUCUAAGAUUCAGCUACAGCUGUCGGCUCUUGAUUCGUCAGCGCGAGCCGCGUUGCUAUCCGCUCUCUUCUCCCUCUUCCAAUCAUUCUGCUGCGUACCCAACCAGCAUCAGGUUCUCCUUCAAAUCUGUGCAUCCAUCUCAGCGCUUCUCCUCCAAUCGCCAGGCACAGCGGCUGACCUGGAGGCCAGGCUGGCAGCUGCCACGUCAGCAGCGGAAGGCGGAGGGGGAGGAGGAGGGGAAGGGGGCGCGGGGAACGUGUGGGGGAUGAUGGGGGGAGUGGUGGAGCUACUGGGGGCGGUGGGGGACGAGUGCACGGACGAGCAGCGGUGGUCCGUGGGGGUGGUGACUCUGCAACGCAAGCACGUGUUCGCCAUGGAGCUCCUGUCCCACAGCAAAUUCGUGGCCACGUUGCUGCAGAAAGCUUCGUCUAUGUCACUCUCAGCACUCUCACAGUCCCAAGCGGCACCAGCAGCAGCAGCAGCAGCAGCAGCAGCAGCAGCAGCAGCAGCAGCAGCAGCAGCAGCGGAUUGCUCUGUCGCCCUCAGCCUGCUGCACAAGACGCUCAGAUGCCUCUUCGCAUGGGUGCGGAUUGGUUUCCUCACGGACCUGUUAGCAGCUGACACGUGGCAGUCACAUGUGCUGGCAUUGGUGGAGCUGGCUGCUGAUUCCCUCCAGGAGGCAAGUCUGUGCGAGGUGGCAGCAGAGGUGGUGGGCGAGAUGGCCAGCCGGCACGAGUCCCUACUCCCAACCAUUACCCCGCGCCUCCUCUCCUCCUUCUCCCAAGCCGCCACCACCCACCCGGACGCCUUCCCUCCCCUCGCCUCGUCGGCCCCCAACGCUGCUGCUGCUGCUCUGCCUGCGUCACCACUCUCCAGUGCUGCUGGCAAAAGCAGCAUGGAUGAGGAGGAGCGGGAGAGGCUGGUGGCUGCUUUUGCGUCGGCUAUAGCCGAUGUUGGCCUGGCGGGCCCUGCAAAUGUGCUGCUCUCGCCUCACCUGCGUGACCCCUUCGCCACUGCAGCCUUGAGAUGUGCGUCCGUGCGCUCUUCCGAUCACCGCAUCGCCAUUUCUCUUCUGCCGCUCUGGUCAGGCCUGAGCGAGUUCCUCUCCGCCCGCCUCAACCCAUCCUCGCCCUCAUCACCGGUGCUAUCAGCCCAGGACGCAGCAGCAGCGCAGGCCAUUCUCCUUGCAGCCCUGCCCCUGGGCCUCUCGCAUGCCAAGCUCAGCACGGCCAGAGUAGGCGGGGGAAUGGCAAGCGAGCAGCAGGAGGAGGAGGAAGAGGAGGAGGAUGAGGCAGAGGCAGCAGCAGAGGACUAUCGGGAGCAGCUGGAGGAGACGCUGGUGGACGUGAUGAGAGCAGUGGGGGCAGCGAACUACCUCUCAUGUGCGGCACCGGUCCUGCUAGCCUCUCCCACCCCCCAACCGCACCAACUGCUUGCCGACGUUUCAGCACUGGAGCUCCAGCUGUUCGCCUCCCAGGCCGUUGGCCAGGUGGCGGAUUCUGAUAGGCCAGAGGACGUGGCAUGGGCGUGUCAGGUGCUAACAGCAGUGGCUGCCGUUGCCGCUGCUGUUGCUAGAGCUCCCCAGCCUUCCAUUCCUCCCCGGUUACAACCGUGGGUGCAUCGAGCAGUGGCAGCCAAUGUGUUGGCGUACCUCUCCUUCCUCCCUCGCGUGCCGGCCAUCGUCCCUGCCUUGCUGCAAUCCCUCUCGCAGGGGCUGCUGCCUCCCACAUCGCAGCAAGCAGGCCUGGCAGGAGGCACGGCCACACCUGCAAGGGGCAGCAGGAGGUUUGGCAGCAGCAGUGGCGGUGGUGGUAGAGCGAGUGAGCAGGCCACGUCUGCAUGUGCUGCUGCGCUCUGCGCCCUCUGUGAGGCACACAAUUCCGAUGGUUCACCGCCUGCUGCUGCUGCUGCUGCUGCUGCAUCCGCGUCGUUGAAUGAAGGCUUGGCGGCACAGCUGGUGGCCGUGGGCGAGGCCCUACACCUGGCGCGCCUACAGCCGAAGCAGGAGGCUGACGUCAUCACAGCAGUGGCCUCCACCGUCUCCUCCCUGCCGCCCUCCCACCUGCUGCUGGCGUUGCAGCGCCUGCUGCACCCCGUGCUUGCGACAUUGCAAGCAUUUUCCUCGCAACAACCGACCAACAAGAGCUGCUGUGAGGCUGCUGCCUCCUUGACCAGGCUCACCAUUCUGUUGGAGCACAUCCACCUACCAUCACCUGAGGUUCAGAGGCAGGACCCUCACCUGCCACAGUACCUGCAGCAGCUGGCCCCCUCGCUACAGUCACACCAAAUGCAAUCACCAAAUCCACAAGUGCCACAAUCAGGGGAGGCACAUGGGGGAAUCCAAUCGUUCCUGCUCUCCUCCUGCUGGCCGCAUCUGCAAUUCCUCCUCUCCCUCCCCUCCGCCCCAUCUUCCCCCACUCUCGACCGUGAUGCCCUGACCACGGUGGUGGCUGCUGCUGCCCGCUGCCUCGCCCCACUCGCCACGCUCUCAGGUCCAUCCUUCCUCCCUUGCACCGAAUCCGCCCUAGCCUCUCUCCAAUCCGCCUUCUCUGCAUCUGGCCCGCCACCCGCCCCUCUCUCCCUCUCCGCCUGCCCGCCCAUCCUCCGAGCCUCCGAGUCCCUCCUCUCCCUCCAACCGCAACCGCCCGCCACCGCGGAUCAGCUCCAGCUCAGCACGGCCCGCGCCACGUCAGCGCUGAUGUGCUUCGUGUCAGCGCCUGCCAGCGUGGCACUCAAGGGUCCCAAGGGCGCAGAGCAGCAUCCGGAGCUCACUGAAUCACUGCUGCACUUUGCAACUUCUCGUCUUGGCCUCGUGCCGCCUUCUCACCUG